UCAGCCCAAGUGGGGAAAGUGUCCUGCUGUCCGCAGCAAAUAACAGGAAAAAGGAAAAGGGGCAGGAAAAGGACAAGGAUGCUGCGGAUGAGGACCUUGGCGGUGCUGGCGAUCGCCCUGUGCAUCCAUGCGCUCGCGGGACUUCAGUGCGCAGGCGCCGUGGGCAAGACGUGCAACAACGGAGGAGGAGGACAAGACUGUGCACAAGACGGAAGCGAAGUGUGCCAGCUCGGCUCGUGCAUGUGCGCCGCAGGGUAUGGCUACACGGGUGACGAUUGCGUUGAGUGCGGGUUUCAAUUCUACAAGUCCUCCGCAGGCAAUGAAGCAUGCAGUGAGACCAUUCGGUGCGACAAGGGCGAACGGUGGUUCAAGCCAUCGAACACGGAGGACGCCACAUGUCCACCCUGCCCAUUGGGCAAGUAUCAGGACAAGACUGGUCACCGCGACACGCAAUGCUACGACCCCUCCACGUGCGAAGCUGGGAAGUACGUGACGCAGGAGCCCAACACGAAACAGGACCGGGAGUGUGGCCUGUGCGAACCAGGCAAAUACACAGGGGCGCCCAACCAGCCAACCUGCAACGACUGUCCCGGUGGCAAGUACCAGAACGCCGAAGGGCAAUCAGAAUGCAAAGACCCGACCGUCUGCAUGCCUGGCGAGUACAUCAUGGCUGAUCCAACCGCUACCACGAAUCGAAUCUGCUUCCAUUGCGUGGAGGGCAUGUACAGCGAUACGACCAUGGCAGAGCAAUGCAAGACAUGCGACAGCGGGAAGUACCAAGACCGUCACGCUCAAACAGGGUGCAAGAACUGGCGCACCUGUGGCCGGGGAAAGAAGUGGACAGCCGGCUCGACCACCGAUGACGCAACAUGCUCAAACUGCGGGCCAGGCAAGUACCAAGACGAGAUCGGCCACCAGGACACGUCGUGCAAGGACUGCCCCACUGGGGAGUUCCAACCUGGCAGCGGCGCCUCAAGCUGCGAGGUCUGGACGACUUGUGGACAGGGCGAGAAGUGGAUAUCUGGAUCGGCGACAGAGGACGCAUCGUGCUUGCCAUGCGGAUCACAGGAGUACCAAUCCAAGACCGCCCACCAGGACAUGUCGUGUAACGCCUGGACCACGUGCAGCAGCGGCUACUAUGUGACCGCCGACCCCACCUCCUCAUCCGACAGGACUUGCGACAAGUGUGAUGCCGGCACAUACGGCGACACCACAAACGCAGACAACUGCAAGAGCUGUGGCCCUGGCAAAUACCAAGAUGUCUCUGGCCAAACAGACUGCAAGGACUGGAAAAUGUGCAGCCAGGGCGAGAAGUGGACAUCGGGAUCAUCAACAGAGGAUGCGACGUGCUCGCCGUGCAGUCCACGCCACUACCAGUCCAAGUCUUCGCACCAGGACACCUCGUGUACCUCGUGGUCCACGUGUGGGCCGGGUAUGAGGUGA